AAAGGAGCUGUUGUGAUCGAUAUGUUUUGUCGGGUUUUGAAUGCUUUGGAUGAUGAGUUGAUUAGCUUGGAUUACCCACGGACACCGGAAGAGAUAACUGUGGCUGCUCGGGUCAAGGAUACAAUGAGGCAACAAUGUGUCCCUCAGAUGGCUAGAGCAUGGUAUGACAUUGUAUCGUUGUACAGGAAUUCCGAUCCUGAUCUUUCUGCCACUGUGUUAGAUUGCAUGAGAAGAUUUGUCUCUUGGAUUGACAUUGGAUUGGUUGCAAAUGAUGCAUUUGUUCCGUUACUGUUUGAAUUGAUUCUGUCUGAUGGAUUGUCUGAUCAAGUCCGCGGUGCAGCAGCUGGGUGUGUCUUAGCCAUUGUUUCUAAGCGGAUGGAACCGCAGUCAAAACUGACCCUUUUGCAGACCCUUCAAAUAAGUCGUGUUCUUGGUUUAGCAUCCGGAGAUGCUGAGUCGGAAUUGGUGGCAAAAGUAUCUGCUUUGCUUACUGGCUAUGCUGUUGAGGUU